AUGUUCAAAAGGUUCGCUGUAUCUUUGCCAAAUCGUUUGGCUCUUUUUGCUCGUCCUCAGUUUGUUAGAGGAUUAGCUGCCUACAAUCGUGCAAAACCUCACGUCAAUGUCGGAACCAUUGGCCAUGUUGAUCAUGGUAAAACCACAUUGACCGCUGCCAUCACAAAAGUAUUAGCCGAAAAAGGUCAAGCCAGCUUUUUAGACUACGGUUCAAUUGACCGUGCCCCAGAAGAACGUGCCAGAGGUAUCACCAUUUCCGCUGCCCAUGUUGAAUAUGAAACCGAUAAGCGUCACUAUGCCCAUUCCGAUUUGCCCGGCCACUCUGAUUAUAUCAAGAAUAUGAUUACUGGUGCUUCUCAAAUGGAUGGUGCAAUCAUUGUUGUUGCUGCUACUGACGGUCAAAUGCCUCAAACUAGAGAACACAUGUUAUUGGCCAGACAGGUUGGUAUUCAAAACUUGGUUGUGUUUGUCAACAAGGUCGAUACUAUUGAUGAUCCAGAAAUGUUGGAAUUGGUUGAAAUGGAAAUGAGAGAGUUAUUGAGUUCAUACGGUUUUGACGGUGAAAACACUCCAGUCAUUAUGGGAUCCGCAUUGUGUGCUUUGGAAAACAAGCAACCAGAAAUCGGUGUGCAAGCUAUUCAAAAAUUAUUGGAUGCUGUUGAUGAGUACAUUCCAACCCCAGAAAGAGAUGCCGACCAACCAUUUUUGAUGCCUGUUGAAGAUGUCUUUUCUAUUUCAGGUAGAGGAACCGUCGUCACUGGUAGAGUUGAAAGAGGUAUCUUGAAGAAAGGUGAAGAAGUUGAAAUCAUUGGUGAAAACUCGUUCAAAGCUACUUCCACCGGUAUUGAAAUGUUCAAGAAGGAAUUAGAUGCUGCUAUGGCCGGUGACAACUGUGGUAUCUUGUUGAGAGGUGUAAAGAGAGAUGAGGUCAAGAGAGGUAUGGUUUUAGCCAAGCCAGGUACCACCACUCCACACCAAAAGUUUUUGGCUUCGAUCUAUAUCUUGACCGCUGAAGAAGGUGGUCGUAGCACUCCUUUCAGUGAAGGAUAUAAGCCACAAUGCUUCUUCAGAACUAGUGACGUAACAACUACUUUCACAUUCCCAGAAGGUGAAGAUGUUGACCACUCCCAAAUGGUUAUGCCUGGUGAUAACAUUGAAAUGGUGGGAACUUUGAUCAAGAAGGCCCCAUUGGAGUUGAACCAACGUUUCAACAUCAGAGAAGGUGGAAAGACUGUUGGAACCGGAUUGGUUACUAGAAUCAUCGAGUAG